CAUGAGAGUAAAUCGGGGCAUCUGGCUCGACUGUCGCAAUACCCCCGUUCAAUUAACCUCCGUCGCGUGUGUCAGAGGUGUUGGGAGUUGUCAUCUAUGCUGUGGGUUCACAAGUAUAGGCCAACGUCGCUGGAAAGCCUGGAUUAUAAUGAGCCUUUGACGGAAACACUGAGACGGCUUGCGGAUAAGGAGGACUUCCCUCACUUGCUUGUAUAUGGCCCGCCCGGAGCAGGAAAAAAGACCCGGGUUUCCUGUCUUCUUCGCGAACUUUUUGGCCCGUCUGCGCUCAAAAUCAAAGAGGAGCAGCGGGUGCUGCAAGCCGGCACGCGCAAAUUUGACUUUGUUCUUGUUUCCAGCAACCAUCACAUCGAGAUCAACCCUGCCGAAGCUGGCAACCAAGAUCGCGUCGUUGUGCAGGAACUGCUAAAAGAAAUCGCCCAAACACAGCCUGUGGAUGUGACUGCCAAGCACCGCUUCAAGGUUGUUGUUAUCAACGAAGCGGACUCUUUGACUCGCGAUGCACAGGCAGCUCUACGUCGUACAAUGGAGAUCUACUCGCCUAACCUUCGACUUAUUCUCCUAGCCAACACGACUGGUAGCAUUAUGGGUCCUAUCAAAUCGCGAACUCUUCUUGUGAGAGUUCCAGCACCGACAACCGAAGAUAUCGGCAAUGUUCUGGCCAAGGUGGCAGAUGCACAGGACGUUCAAUUACCGCAGGAUGAUGCCGCUCGCAACCAGCUCUGGCAAAACAUAUCGGAGAAAAGCAAUCGUAAUUUAAGACGUGCGUUGUUGAUGCUGGAGACAAUGUAUGCUCGCUCGGAAAAAAUUGAUGCCAGUACCCAAGUGCCUCUUACCGACUGGCAACUGAUGAUUGAUCGGAUUGCCCAAUCGAUUGUAAAGUCAAGAACCGUACAGCAGCUUGCAUCGGUAAGAAAAGACUACUACGAGCUCUUGACACACUGUAUUCCUGAGACAGUCAUUCUUAAAGAGUUGCUGUUCGCCUUAUUACCACGAGUCUCGGCAGUAGCGGGGAAGAAUAUCGUGGAUGCCGCUGCAUUAUAUGAUCAUCGUUUACGGCUGGGGAAUAAAGGAAUCUACCAUCUAGAGGCGUUUACUGCCAGCACAAUGCGAAUUUUAGAGGAAGCAUAA